AUGGCGUCUGCCAAUAAGAGUCGGUUGAAUGAAACAAAACCUUCUUCACCAAAGAAACAGGGUCACAAGUUCGUUUUAGACGACUAUGAUGCAACUUACAAGAUGGCGAUACAAGUGUUAAGUGGAUUGUGUCUUAAAUUAACAGACGAAGAAGAAUCUACUACAACUAGUAAAAUUCGUAAUCUAGGAUGUUGGUUCCUGAUGUUAAAUAUAUACAUAUCGACGGUGCUGGAAAUACUCGGUGUAAUAACGACGGCGUCUGGAGGAACUAUCAUAGACUUGUUUACUAUGAUGCCAUGUGUUGGUUAUCUUUUUGUGGGAUAUUAUAACAAAGAAAAUUUAUUAAAUAAUCCAAAUCAGGAUACAGCAACCAACAGAAGCAAAAUGGAAGAGGAAGAACUUAAAGAAAUUGUUAUACGACACAUAUCUUUAAUUCGGUAG